AUGAGUCGGCCCUGUGAGAGUCCUGCCACGACUCUUUGGGCUCAGACUGACCCCAGUAGUUUAGGCACAAACAUUAUGCUUGCUCCCGCAGCCCCAACAGUCCUUGCUCCUUUAAGAGAGCCCAGUGGAGAUGUUAUUCAACCACCUGAAGAUGGACCCUUGGAUCUCCAUGGAUCACCACAGUGUUCUCAGUCAGCUUCACUUCAGCAUUCAGAAAACCUGGAGAAUCCACCAAAGGUCACUAAAGAUGCUCAGCAGAGUGUCAAAGCAGAGAGCAAUACGUCUGCCCCAACACCUGCAUCCUCCUCCAGACCCCGUAACCCCGAGCCGACCACUCCGCAGCUAGCACAGGAACCGCCGAAAGCUUCUACCGUUCAGGUCCCACUGCAGAGACACAACAGUGGCCCUCAUGUGGCUGAAGCUUCGUCCACAGCUUUAGCACAUGGGGCUCCUGCUGCUGAGACUCACCCUCCUGCCCCACACCCUCCCGCCGCUCACCCUCCUGCCCCACACCCUCCCGCCGCUCACCCUCCUGCCCCACACGACUCACUUCCACAGAGCACAGUUCCAACAGACGGUUCUCAACCUCCACGACCCCCGUCCACCGCAGGGAGUCAACAGGGCUACGGGCCGCCUGCUGUUCCUCCUCAGGGGCCACCCGGACCAGGAUACAGAGGAUACUAUGCAGAAUACGCUUCUAGACAUUUUCCUCCUGCGCAAUAUCCUCCUGGACAGUAUCCUCCUGGACAGUAUCCUCCUGGACAGUAUCCUCCUGGACAGUAUCUUCCUGGACAGUACCCACCACCAGCUGGAGAUGGAAGGGCGCAGUAUUACCCAGAGGAUCCAUACCGUAGCAGGACAGAUCCUUGGUAUGGGAGGUAUGAUGGAGUCUCUCAAACUGGAUAUUACGAUCAGAACUACCAGUACAGAGAACCUCCACCAGAAAGACCCAGCUCCAGGACCAGUCAGUACUCUGAUCGGCCUUCAUCCAGACAAGGAUAUUCCGAAGAAUACAGACCCAACACAGCUGCCUAUAGUGAAUACUAUCCAGAUUACGCAAACCAGUAUAAUUAUCCAGAAUAUGUCUAUGGAGCGUAUGAUUCUCGAUAUAGAGGAUAUAACUGGACGGGUGAGGGCUACAGAAACAGAGACGCCCAGUACAGCCAACAGCAGAUGCAUCCAACCAGAAAAAAUGGCUAUGACGACCAGUGGCAGUACUACCCCGGUUAUGAUCCAAGCUUUGAUGAUGACUACCGAUGGCGAGGAGAUGCGUAUAACGAUGACUUUGACCGACGGAGCAUCCACAGUGAGCAGUCGGCUCACAGCGUGCACAGCGCUCACAGUCAACACAGCAGAAGGAGCAGCUUCAGUUCACGCUCACAACAGAGUCAGGUCUAUAGAAGCCAGACUGACCUCACAUCCGCGGCCUUUGACAACACUUCAUCCACGUUGGCUGUUGAUUAUUCCUAUGGGCAGUAUCCGAACCAGAUUGACGCGUCACAGAGCUACAGCCAGUAUCCAUAUUCAUCUGGGGGCACAGCUGAUGACACCUGGACAGCCCCUGAUCAACCUCCUCCUCGUCCAGCAACCCCUGAAAAGUUUGCCAUGCCUCACCGCUGCGCUCGUUUCGGACCUGGUGGACAUUUAGUGCAAGUGCUUCCCAAUCUCCCGUCCGCCGGACAGCCUGCACUUGUGGAUAUUCAUAACUUAGAGACCAUGCUGCAGGACACACCAGCUCAAGCCGAGCUCAGAGCGUUCCCAGGACCUCUUGUUAAGGAGGACACACAUAAAGUGGAUGUGAUAAAGUUCUCUCAGAACAAGGCUCUGGAAUGCUCACGUGACAACAACCUUUUAGACCGAGACUCCGCUCGCCUUCUCUGGGACUUUAUUGUGCUGCUUUGUCGACAGAAUGGGACCGUUGUGGGCACAGAUAUUGCAGACUUAUUGUUGAAGGAGCAUCGCUCUGUGUGGCUUCCUGGAAAGAGUCCAAAUGAAGCCAAUUUAAUAGAUUUCAAUAAUGAGCCUCUGUCUCGAGCCGAGGAGGACCCUGGAGCAGGACCACUGUCUCUGCUGUCAGACACCUUCAUGACGGUUCCAGAGAAUGUGGGCAAAGAAACUGAGCGAUUCAGAGAACUCCUACUGUUUGGUCGAAAAAAGGAUGCGCUGGAAGCUGCAAUGAAAAGUGGUCUCUGGGGUCAUGCUCUGCUGUUGGCCAGUAAAAUGGACAGCAGAACUCAUGCGCGUGUGAUGACUCGAUUUGCUAACAGCCUUCCCAUCAAUGACCCGCUUCAGACUGUGUACCAGCUCAUGUCCGGCAGGAUGCCAGCGUCCGCUACAUGUUGUGGAGAAGAAAAAUGGGGAGACUGGCGCCCUCAUCUGGCCAUGGUUUUGUCAAACCUUACACAUACACUGGACCUCGACACUCGCACUAUUGCAACAAUGGGUGACACUCUUGCCUCUAAAGGACUUGUGGAUGCUGCUCAUUUCUGCUAUUUAAUGGCACAAGUUGGUCUUGGAGUUUACACAAAGAAGAGCACUAAGAUGGUUCUUAUUGGCUCCAACCACAGUUCGUCGUUUUAUUUGUUUGCUUCCAAUGAAGCGAUUCAGAGGACGGAGGCUUAUGAGUACGCACAAUCUCUGGGCUCACAUUCCUGUUCUCUGCCUAAUUUCCAGGUGUACAAGUUCAUCUAUGCAUGUCGCUUGGCUGAAGCCGGCCUCAGUGCGCAGGCGUUCCACUACUGUGAGGUGAUCUCCAAGUCUGUCCUCAUGCAGCCCUCCUACUACGCCCCUAUAUUCAUCAGCCAGCUCAUUCAGGUGUCCGAAAAACUACGAUUUUUUGACCCUCAGUUGAAAGAGAAGCCAGAGCAGGAGCUUUUCAAAGAACCUGAUUGGCUUCUUUAUCUUAGACAGCUGGAUGGACAGAUGAGGACUGGAGUCAUAUCAUAUAAUGCGGACAGAUCGACACCAGCUCAGUACGACUGCAGCAGCCCCAGCUCUGACUUUGAUGAGCCCAGUCCUCCUGAACCUUACAACCUGCCAGGGGAGACGCACGGGAACCCUCCAGACAACCCCCUAAUGAGCUCACUGUUACCUGCACCACAUGCUCAGGGAGUUACGCUCAUGCCUCCAGCUCCAACAUCCAUCAUACAAGACGGCGUGGCACCACCGCAGCACAUGGCACCUCCGCAGCACAUGGCACCUCCGCAGCACAUGCCACCUCCGCAGCACAUGCCACCUCCGCAGCACAUGGCACCUCCGCAGCACAUGCCACCUCCGCAGCCACCUCCGCAGCACAUGCCACCUAAUGACGUUCCCCAAUUCUACCCCGUGCCCCCGACUGGACCCCCAGGGCAGAUACCUUACCCCGGCUAUGGCUUGCACGACCAGGGGUAUGCUCCACCGUUCCAGCCUCAGCCGGAGCAGGUGGACAUGUACCCACCGCAGGUCAGCCCCGUGGCCUCAGUCCCACCACCGCUGCCAUCCGCACAAAUCCACCCUCCCAGCGCUCAGAUGCCCACCUCCCCUGCCCACGCCCCACCUGUCGACCACCUGCCCCCCAUGGUUCAGCAGACCAUCUCUGCCUCCCCUCCCAGAAACUCGUUAACGCCGCAGAUGGACUUCUAUGACCAAAUGGCACACAUGGGUCCUGGAAGAAGAUCCAGAACUACUUCUCAGUCUUCAAUGCAUAUGCCAUCCGGACGGAGAUCUCGCACCACUUCGGAAUCAUCCACUCAUUCAGGAGGAAGAGAAAGGAGCAAUUCUGCCAUCAAGCAAACCUCUCCUCCACCGCCGCCUAUUCCGGAACAGCCGAGACAAGAGGAGAAAAGACCCAAAAAAGACUCGCCCAAAAAGAACGGAGGACGUGGCUGGCUGGACUGGCUCUACAGGAAGGGGAAGAACGAAGCUCACCUGCCGGACGACAAAAACAAAUCUAUUGUGUGGGAUGAGAAAAGGCAAAGAUGGGUGGAUCUGAACGAGCCUGAAGAAGAGUCAAAACCGCCUCCGCCGCCUCCGUCUGGCUUCCCAAGUAUGCCCUCGAUGCCCGGGCCUCCAGCCAUGUCUCCUCCCAGUGGUGGACCUCCAGUCAACAUGUUCUCCCGGAGAGCAGGUACAAAGAGCAGAUACGUGGACGUUCUGAACCCCAGCAGGACCGCUAACGUCUCCGGUGGAUUAGCUCCAGCUCCUGCAGAUAUCUUUGCUCCCCUCGCUCCAAUGACCAUGCCCGCGAAUCUGUUUGUGCCUAGUUCAGCUCCUGACGAUCAGCAACCUUUAGAAGGCAGCGAUGGCGGCGGUCAAGAACAAAGUUCACCCACCGCGAGCACAAUUCCUCAGAUGUACAACCCCACACUGGUACCACCUGCCCCAGAGAUACCUUCUGUGCCUGAUGGCUCUACAUCUGGAGAGGGUCCUCCUCCGUCAGGACCUCCGACCACAGGAGCUGUCCCCUUUUACAACCCAGCUCAGUUCACACAACCAAGUGCAACAUCUGGCGGUGGACUACGGUCUGGGCGAUUGGGCGGACAGCGGCAAUAUCCGGGGAUGAAGUAA